AUGUCGCACAUCAUGCAGUCACACUCACACUCAGACACAGACAGUGACUCUGAUGGCCAGGGCGGCAAUCCUACUCAUAUCUCUAUUCUAGCCCCCAGCGCUUCUAAAGGGGAGCUUCUAGAGGUGCUUAAAACACUGCAGGUUCAAAUGCAGCAUCUUCAAGACGAGAACAAGAGCAUCAAGGAGGAGAAUAAGACUUUGCAUGCUGAGAAGCCAAAACGAAAACGGCAUGUGGACACACAGCAUGAACUUAGCGUUCAUGAGGAUACUAUCACCAUCUAUGCCCGUAAGUAUGGCAUGAUGAUGGAGAUGUUUCCUAGUAGCGACCUUCUCAACAAGAAACUCCUGGAAGCUCCCACUCCAUUCGAUAGCCCCGACCGAUACAAGACUGCGGCAAUGCAGGACUCUGCAUUCUUACACGAGCUUUAUCAUCAUUUUCACGAAUCGUUGCACAAGAUAAUGGAAAGCUCGUAUUUCAGCAAUAUGGUACUGAAAUGUAUUCCUGAUGCUCGCGCCAAUGAAAUCAAGAAACUUUGUGGCGUUGCUGGUGAUAUUUUCAACCUUCCCUCAAAGUAUUUCACCAGCACCAGCUUCGAGAGAGCCACCAUUCCCGAAAUCCAACAGUUACUUGGUGUUUCGUCUGCUGCAAACCAGACAUACAAGACUUUCCCGCCAAUCUUGUUUCCAAGGUUGAAGGAAGAUACGUCGCUGAAGACAGUGUUCAGGAACUGGGAGCUACUAGCCCAGGUUCUCAAAGCUUCGUUGCGUGGUGUUACCUCACUCCAACACAGGUCAAGUGGUGGCAGCACGCAUACUAAUGCUCUCAAAUGGAGUGUUCAUCAAAUCACGCCAGGAGCGAUAGCAUGGGCGGCAGUUAUUGCAAUAUUUCUACUCUUGCCAGACACUGAGUUCUUGAGCUCAGGCCUCGGGAAGAAGUCAAACAUCAAUUACAAGACCUUGUUUUACAACUACAAGAAGGUUCUUGUUUCGAAAUGGACCACCAGGCAUGUCACCUUGAUCGUCGCCAACAUCAACAAUUAUGUCUUCGAGGCUGCGAAAGGACCUUCUGUUGACCCAUCAGCCAAACAAGAUCAUGCGAGUGCCAUCAAUCGUGCACUUGCGGCGCUGGAUAUGGACAGCAGCGAAUCGGACCAUGAAUCUGAUGCUUCAGCUCAAAUAUCUGCUGCUCUUUUGGUUGAUAAUCCACCUUCCAUUGUUUCUGCCACCCAAAGUCCAAGUGCCAUUGAUGCAAGGCCCGACUUCAAUCAUUCCCAACCUGAAGCAUCAUCUGAUAUUGUAAUAUGUGAUGCACCGGUUGCUGAUGUUGGUGCACAAGUUGUCGAGGAAAGCACACAGAAUGUUGGAGAUAGUAUCUCUCUUCCAACCCUCAUGCUCUCCGUUGUCUACAGACCACUUGCAAGCAUGCCAAGCGUACCCUUUCAUCAGCAACCCAGACUGCCAUCGAGAUUGACUGCUCCCCUCAGUCAUGCCCUUUUCGAGGAGCUGUGCAUGGACCUGUUCCGCAGCAUGCUCGAGCCUGUCGAGAAGGUCCUCUGGGACUCCUAA